CGCCCGACUGCCCUCCUGCCCGCCGCAGUCCCCAACCAGGUCGGCUCCCAUCCGCCUUAUACCGCCGCCCGCCGCUGCUCUCACCACACUCGUCUCCGGCAGUGCAGGCGGCAGUAUGUCUGGCAGAGGCAAGGGCGGGAAGGGGCUCGGCAAGGGGGGCGCCAAGCGGCACCGCAAAGUGCUGCGCGACAACAUCCAGGGCAUCACCAAGCCGGCCAUCCGGCGCCUGGCCCGGCGCGGCGGCGUGAAGCGCAUCUCGGGGCUCAUCUACGAGGAGACGCGCGGCGUGCUGAAGGUGUUCCUGGAGAACGUGAUCCGCGACGCCGUCACCUACACGGAGCACGCCAAGCGCAAGACAGUCACGGCCAUGGACGUGGUGUACGCUCUGAAGCGCCAGGGACGCACCCUCUACGGUUUCGGCGGUUAAGCUACUCUCGAGAACGGUCGCGCUGCUGCAACACCAAGGCUCUUUUCAGAGCCACCCACAAACCUCACAAUAAGAGCUGUUUGUUACUAAUUUACUGUUUAUGAAUGGGUUUAUUUUAGUAAUUUCGAAGUGUCGCAUGCAGUUUUCCUAUUCGGUUUCCCAAUUACACAAGUGUUACAGUGUCUUGGUUUAAACUUUGUAAAGACAAGCACACUUUAACAUACGACUCCAUAGCAUAUACUGUACCAUUAACCCGAAUGUUUUAAAGAAUUUCAUGAAUGAUGAAAAUCAGGUACGUCUUUAUUUUGUAUUUACAUAAACCUCCUCA